AUGCAAACCUACAAUCUCAAGAACUACCCAUCUUACACAGCUUUAUCGUACACAUGGGGUGCCAAUACAACCUGCACCAAUAUCGAAAUUAACGGUAUAAAAGUUCCAGUCCGCGAGAACUUAUGGGACUUCCUACACCAACAGCUGCUUCAUGGCAAUUACGGACUGUUCUGGAUUGACGCACUCUGUAUACAACAGUCGGAAGUUCAUGAGCGCAAUCAUCAAGUACGGAUGAUGACCUCUAUAUACGAAGAUGCUCAACUGGUUUUGAUCUGGCUUGGCAAAGAGAGUGACGAUAGCGAUCUCGCCAUGCGGACCUUGAUAGAUUGGGAAUGGUGUAACCCGAGCACUUUACGAUACAUGUUCGCUAACAAUAACAAAAUCAGCAACACUCUUCUUGCGCGUGGAACAAAGAGCGUGGCUACCUGGAACGCGAGAGUGGUACUAAGUGUGUUGUCAUUAUGCAAGAGAAGAUAUUGGUCGCGUAUGUGGAUCAUCCAAGAAGUUGUGCACGCGGAACGCGUAGAGAUUCAUUGUGGCUCUGAGAUUCUCGAAUGGUACAAGUUCGAACAAUUGUACUAUUAUGCAGGUAUCAUAUCCAGAUACUACAAGGAGAUGGACACGCCUUUUUACAACGCCGUUCGUUCCAGUCCAGCCAUGUCCAUUGUUAAGAUUAGGGCAGAACCGCGCUGGUAUACGGGCAGUCCCGAUUUGUUGGGCCGGCCCAGGGACAUUGCUAUCGAUUCCCUGAUGGAGACAUACAGUGCCCACGAGUGUGAAGAUAUCCGAGACAAAGUCUAUGCUAUCGUGGGAAUAGCGAAGAAUGGCUCAACUAUCGUAGUUGACUAUCGUAAAUCAGCAAAGGAUGUUUUGCUUGAUGUUUUCUACCAUGCCGGUACCGAGAUGAGCUGGAAGGCAAAAUGGCGUGAAGAUGAACUUCUCCGAAUUGGCCAAUUAUUGGAGAGAGUUUUGAAAGUUCCUUUUCCGGAGACUGAGAUACGAUUUCACAUCGAUCGCAGCCAUGGUCUAACGGCAAAUCUUGUCGGGUAUGAUGAGAAUGAUUACGGGGACUUUUUCAGAUCCGUCGACUUGGCACGGAAAGAACUUGAUGGCACCGCGAGUCACAUUGCACUAGACAACUAA